AUGAGGCGACUAAGUCGGCUGAUCCGACUCUUUGGAAGCAUUUGGAUGUCGUUGUCUUACAAUGGAUACGGCACCAUUUCUAACGACCUUCUUCACGCUAUCCGCAAACGCAAUGACACGGCAGAGGGGGUGUGGAAUCGUCUUGAAGCUCUUUUUCAAGACAACAAAGCCUCUUGGGCUACCCAUCUCGAGGAGGACUUUACAAACGCUGUUUUUGAGGACUUCAACUCGAUCGAUAGUUAUUGUAAUCACCUACAAUCUAUGGCGGACAAGUUGGCUGAUGUUGAUGCUCUGGUAACAAAUGCUCGACUGGUUUUACGUCUCACCGGAUCCUUACCGGAGGCAUAUGGUGGUACGGUGGACUUUAUACAAAAUCAAGAGCCUUUGCCCUCCUUUGAGAGUUGUCGUUCGAGGUUGAAAAUGGCGGAGCGUACUAUUAAGGCCCGUCAAGCUCGUGAAACUGGUGGUUCUAGCAGUAGGUCCGGUGGUGCCGCCAUGGUUGCCGCUGAUUCUUCUCUGUCGUCGGACUCCUCUGCAAUCAACAAACGCAACAACAAUUAUAAAGGGAGGCAUAAUUCGAAAAACAAUGGGAAGAAAAAGGCCCAACAAAACUCUAAUGGGGUCGGUCCUAGUCAGCCACCACAUCAAUAG